AUGCCUGCUGCUCUAGUAACUGCGGCAGAUCUGGAGGAUAAUAUCCGCACUCUGUCACUAACAAAGAGGAUACGAGUCACUGAAUUCUUCCAAGACUUUGACAAGCUCCGCUCAGGAUUUAUUUCAGACCAACAGUUUUUCCGGUGUUUAUGGCUCACCCUAGGACUCCAGCUAGAUGAUGAACAAGCAAAUGUUUUGCGAAAAAAAUAUGACUUAAAACGAGAUCAAAGAAUGCACUAUAAGUCUUUCUGUGAAGAAAUAGAGAAAAACUUCAAUCCUGGUGAUCUAACAGUUGAUCCAAAAAGUCAGAAAAAAGAAGCACCAGAAUUUUUGGGAACCAAGCGGUCUGUACGACCAUUGAGUCCUCAGACAGAAGAUAAGAUCCUGAAGCUCCUACAGAGAAUGCAACAGUUCUAUCACUACCAUGGGAUCAACCUGAGGACAUGUUAUGAGGACUUUGAUCGCCAUCACAUGGGUGUCGUCACAGAAAGCCAGUUUUAUCGGAGUUUCCCUGGCCCCCCAGAUGUCAAUGACAAUGAAAUGAGUAUGUUGGUGAUGAAGUACCGAGACCCUGAUAAGCCAGGUCUCCUCAACUAUCUCAAUCUACACCACGACAUCGUGGCUAUAGGACAACAACUGAUGGGGUCUGUUAGCAGUGUCCUGGACAGGAAUGUAGAUCUUGUCCCAUUGAUGCCAAACUUGGAUCCAGCCCUCAGCAUGAUCUUUGACAAGAUUAGAGUAUCUGUGUAUAAAAAUGGAAUACGUACACCUGAGUUUUUUAAGGACCAUGACAAGCUGAGGAGUGGUAUAAUCACAGAAAAUCAGUUUGUAUGUGGUCUGGCUUUAGCUGUGGGUAAGGAGGCACAGCUAUCACGUGCUGAAAUACAGAAAGUGGUUGAAUAUUACAGACAGCCUGAUGGACGUGUCCAGUACCAGGAAUUCUGCGACAUGAUGGAAAAUGCAUUUAACAUUCCCCAUUUGGACAAGAAACCACUUCAGAAUGUUGUCCGGCCAUUGAAGGGAACAUUACAUAGAGGACUGAAGUCUCUGACAGAUGACCAGGAAGCAAGAAUCAAGGUCAUCCUUGGGGAAAUCUUAGAGCAGGUCAAAAGGAGACGUCUCAUGAUGUAUCCAUACUUCAAAGAUUAUGACCGGGGUAUUGCCUACACCAGAGUGGUCACGAAGACCCAGUUUGGACGUAUUCUCCACUUCCUCAGCCUCAACAUUAAUGCCGAGGAUCUGAAAUUAAUCUGUCUUAAGUUUGAGGAUCCAGCAAGUGGUGAUGUCAAUUAUCCUGACUUUGUCCAAGCUGUUGACCAAGAAUUUGUUGGCCAUACUUUGGAUGAUGCAAACAUGAUGGACAAGAACCGUACUAAUACCCCAGUACCAUCCAAACCAGUCAGUGCUUCAGACAGCAAUGUGAGCUAUGAGGACCUAAUGAGCAGAAUCAGGAAUAUUGUCCUUACCAACAGACUGCGAGUGAUUGAGUAUUUCCAGGACUAUGACCCCUUAAGGAGUGGUUCAAUCAGUAAGUCACAGUUUCGGCGGGGCCUGUCCGUUCUGGGUCUCAGUAAGCUAGGUCAGCAUGACCUAUUGGAUCCACAGUUUCAGGUCCUCAUUGAUUAUUACCAAAACCCAGAUAAAGAAGACCAAGUCCUUUGGACCAAAUUUACCUACGAUGUUGAAACAGUCUUCACACAGCCAGGACUGGAAAAAGAGCCAACCUACCAGGUCCCUCCUAUGGAAAUGUUCAGGGUCCCCAAACCUGGCACCAUAGACUGGGCCUACGCCACAGAGGACCACAAAGAACUGUUUGAGAGCACCAUGGAGAGGUUGAGACAGAGAAUAAACCAGCGCAGGGUUCUGGCCAAACCGGUAUUCCAGGACUUUGACAAACAUAACAAUGGUCAUGUGACAAAGGCCCAGUUUCGACAGUGUCUCACCAUGCUUGAGUUGCACUCUACAGAGGCAGAAAUGGCAGGUCUGGAGGCAAAGUUCUGUAAUGAUGUGGGCUUCAACUACCUUGCCUUACUGAAUGAGCUGCAGCCAGUCAUACCUCCAAAGUUUAUGUAUGAGACUCGUCUGGAGGAAUUGCGCCUCACAAACAAGAAAACAAAACUCCCAGAAAUCAAUGCUGCAAAUGACUUGGAGGAAGUUCUCAUGAAAGUGAAGACAAAGGUGAGCAAGGAACGCAUUCGAGUAAUAGACUUUAUGAAGGACUACGACAAGCUGAGAUCUGGUAGAGUGUUGAAAACAUCAUUCAGGCGAGCUCUAGAUCUGUGCCGCUUUGAGCUAAAGGAAAGUGAGGCCUCUAUACUAGAGGACAGGUAUCAGUCUAUUGGAGAUGCUGAUCAUGUUGACUAUGUAAGAUUCUCUGAUGAAAUGGAGUCUAUUUUCACAUUUAAGGAGCUAGAAAAGGCUCCUCUUCAAAACCCUGUUCAGUUCAAACCUCCCCAAGAGUGGGCCCUCAACAAACUGGAAGGGGAAAAUCAAGUGAAAUGGCAAGCCUGCAUGAACAGAAUAGCAGAGAAGGUGAGGAAACACCAAAUGCAGCUGUUUCCACUGUUUGAGGAUUAUGACAGGGUCCACAAUGGAACAGUAUCGAGGUCUCAGUUCCGCAGAGUGCUGAGUGAGCUGGAACUCGGCAGCCUCGUCAGUGAACAGGAGCUUGAUUUACUGUGGUUUAAAUUUGAAGUGAAGAUUGGCGGCAAAGAUGACGUAGAUUAUACUGCUUUCUGCGAGAUGAUUUAUGAGCUGGCAAAAUUUGAAUGGAGGAAGCCAUGAUGGAAAUAAAAGAUGUUAAAUUGAAUAUAAU